AAAAAAAAAAAAAAAAAAAAAAUAGCACAGCAAAAUAGACGUGCUGAGCAAAAGUCAGUUUCGAUAAAUUUCGGAUAUUGAGCUUAUUAUUUAUUGUGUGCUGGUCGAGCUCCUUGCCUCGACAAUCCCGAAAAGCGAUCGAGUGGAGCGACCUUGGAGUGGAUAUCAACCAGGUGUAAUUUACGCAACGCAUCACAAAAUCCAAAUCCGCAAAAUUGCACAGGGCCAACAACAACAGAAACAGGGAAGAGAACGGCGAAGAGGAGAGGCGGAGUAAGGAGAACGGAGAGCGGAUAACAGGGAACAGAGAACAGAACAGAGAAGAGAAGAGAGUUGGAAACAGAAGAACCAUCAUGGCGAACAUGGCAGUGUCGCGGAUCAAACGGGAGUUCAAGGAGGUGAUGCGCAGCGAGGAGAUCGUCCAGUGUUCCAUCAAAAUCGAACUGGUCAACGACAGUUGGACGGAGCUGCGCGGCGAGAUCGCCGGUCCGCCUGACACGCCCUACGAGGGCGGCAAGUUCGUCCUGGAGAUCAAGGUGCCCGAGACAUAUCCCUUCAAUCCGCCAAAGGUACGCUUCAUAACGCGCAUCUGGCACCCGAACAUUUCGUCGGUGACGGGAGCCAUCUGCCUGGACAUCCUGAAGGACAACUGGGCCGCGGCGAUGACACUGCGCACUGUGCUGCUGUCCCUGCAGGCGCUCCUGGCUGCCGCCGAGCCGGACGAUCCGCAGGACGCCGUGGUGGCAUAUCAGUUCAAGGACAAGUACGAUCUGUUCCUGCUGACCGCCAAGCACUGGACGAACGCGUACGCGGGCGGUCCGCACACCUUUCCCGAUUGUGAUUCAAAGAUCCAACGUCUCAAGGACAUGGGCAUCGACGAGCAUGAGGCGCGCGCCGUGCUCUCCAAGGAGAACUGGAACCUGGAGAAGGCCACGGAGGGUCUGUUUAGUUAGCUUGUCCCAGCCGCACAAUCACCAGUACCAUUCUCGGCGGCGGCUACACCAGCAACUUCAACAUUAAAUUUUCAGUUCGGCAACAAUGCUAAAUUCUAGUAGACCCACACAUUGCCCACAAAACGAUUAUCGUAGAUUUUGUCCACAAAAUUGCAUUGCCCCGUAAUUAUACCAAUAUAUUUUUGUUCCGUAUUUCUGUAUGCUUAUUGUGCACCUUUUGACGCUGGAUGGGCCACCAAAAGGUUGAAUCUAAGGCCCGCCUCUCAAGCAUGUGUUUUGCAAUUGAACCCAGGGUUCCAUUUCAUUUUAUUACGUGCAGUCGCAUUUAUUUGCUGGCCUUUUAAUAACACUGUUUUCUCCAUUUCAACCCUUAUUUGUACCACAAACAAAAAUGAUUUAAAACAUGUAAUGCGAACAUGAGAAGUGUAUAACAAAUCGAAGUCUUUGUAAAUUGCGUUAAGUUAAAUAAAUAAAUAAAUAAACAAAUAUUAAGAAAUGCUAAA